CCACUACCAUACUCUUCGUCUUUGGACCACAACCAGUGCACCGUACCAUUCAACUCGGUUCGGUUCUUUUCUCGUGGUUGCAAAUCCGGAACCAAAAGUGCAGUGCCCUUUAGCCUGUGACCCAUUGGGAUUACACGCAAAUCAUCAAGAACGAUGGCUUGCAAUUGUCCCGUGACGCAACCAGGCCCCACCCUCGCCUCCACCUGUGGUGGUGCCCAAUAUAUGCUUUUCAUGGGUUUAUUGGAGGUGUUUUUGAGGUCACAAUGUGACCUUGAAGACCCAUGUGGCCGACCCCAUAACACCCCCGUUCUCCCUGAAUACGAUUUUAUUAUUGUCGGGGGUGGCAGUUCGGGGGCGGUGGUGGCAAGUCGUCUCUCGGAAAUUCCCGAAUGGAAUGUACUUUUAAUCGAAGCAGGCUUGGACGAACCAACCGGUACCCAAGUACCGUCAAUGUUUUUAAAUUUUAUUGGUUCGGAAAUUGACUGGGGGUAUCAGACGGAACCAGAACCUUCAGCGUGUCUGGCAGAGACGGAACAGAGGUGCUAUUGGCCAAGAGGGAAAGUACUGGGUGGUACUUCGGUCAUGAAUGGGAUGAUGUAUAUCCGAGGGUCGAGAAAGGAUUACGACGAUUGGGCAAAAGCUGGCAAUGAAGGAUGGAGUUAUAAUGAAGUACUACCCUAUUUUCUAAAGAGUGAAGAUAAUAAGCAAGCGGAUAGUAUGGAUAGGGGGUACCAUUCAACAGGGGGGUUGUUGACAGUGUCACAGUUUCCCUAUCAUCCACCACUAUCACAGGCGUUGCUAAAGGCGGCGCAAGAGUUGGGGUACCCAAUCAGGGACUUGAAUGGAGCGUAUCAUACUGGGUUUAACAUUGCGCAAACAACCAAUAGAAAUGGGUCGAGGUUAAGUACGGCUAAAGCUUUUCUAAGGCCGUUCAAAAAUCGAAGAAACUUGAAUAUUUUGAUGAACUCAACCGUAACCAGAGUUCUCAUCAAUACAACCACGAAACAGGCAUAUGGAGUCGAAGUUAUUAAUAAUGGCGUCAAACAAGUAAUUUACGCGAGUAAAGAGGUUAUAGUAUCUGGGGGUGCUAUCAACUCGCCCCAAAUCCUACUUUUAAGUGGCAUAGGUCCCAGUCAGGACCUCCAACAGGUCAACGUUCCUGUGGUGCACAAUCUCCCAGGUGUGGGCAAAAAUCUUCAAAAUCAUGUCGCACAUUUUGUCAAUUUCAAUAUCAAUGAUACAAAUAGUGCACCUUUGAACUGGGCCACAGCUAUGGAGUACCUUCUUUUCCGUGACGGUCUAAUGAGUGGUACCGGUAUAUCCGAAGUGACUGGAUUCAUAAACACGAAAUAUAACGAUCCAAGACUGGAGCACCCCGAUAUUCAGUUGUUCUUUGGAGGAUUUUUAGCAAAUUGUGCAAGGACCGGACAAGUGGGGGAGCGGGUGGAUAAUGGUACUCGACAAAUUCAAAUGAUACCAACUGUCUUGCACCCAAAAAGUCGCGGAGUAUUAAAAUUGAGAGAUAACAACCCUCUCAGCACACCUUUGAUUUAUGCCAAUUAUUUCACACAUCCGAAUGAUGUCAAGGUUAUCACUGAAGGGAUCAAAUUUGCAAUGAAACUAUCGGAAACUAAAGCUUUGAAACGAUACGGAUUCCAACUUGACCGGACACCGGUCCAGGGCUGUGAAUCCCUUACUUUUGGUACAGAUCCGUAUUGGGAUUGUGCCGUAAAACGACAAACCGGUCCAGAGAACCAUCAAGCCGGUAGUUGUAAAAUGGGUCCAUCCAGUGACCCCAUGGCUGUUGUUAACCCAAUGCUCCAGGUCCACGGUAUUGACCGGUUACGGGUUAUUGAUGCAAGUAUUAUGCCAGCGGUUACAACCGGAAACACCAACGCUCCCUGUAUCAUGAUAGCGGAAAAAGGGAGCGAUUUGAUCAAAUCAAGGUGGCUAACACCACAAGCUGGGUUCUUUUACACAAAUAUGCCCAACCAAAGGAUAGACAGGCAAUGGGGGUCCUGGUGAUGGGGUAGUGCAAUUGUAGGUUUACUUGUAUUUAUUUUCUGUAGAUUGUGAAUAAAUUUUUAAACAGAAACCGGGUUUAAUUGAUAUUAUGCAACUUCAUAUACAAUAAACGUAAAUAAAUCAAUUUGCAACUAGCAUUUACAUAAUUUAAUUAUUAUUUAACACCUAUUAAUUACCAGCUAAUUUGCAAAUAAUCAUAUUCAAAACAAUAUUCCGGGGUUAGAUUUUUGCAAAUUUUGUGGUUUUAUCUGCUAGUUGAAAUAAAUGAUCUUGAGAAUUACAAGUCGUUGAAAUAUGGGCUUGUGACCCCUCAAACUUCGCAUCUUGAUUUGAUUGCACGACUUACGGUGUUGUUGGAAGUUUAAGAGAGAAAACAAGCCGGAUUUAAUUUUGUUAAUGAAUUAUUUUCAUCACGUUUAGAUUUUUAUUGGCGUUGAUUUAAAAAUCUAUUAGUAUGGGGACGUGACGUACAUAACAAUUAUUAGUUUGAUGCACUUUCGGUCUCUAAUUCUAUGAUAACUGAACAAAUAUUUAAUAAAUAGACUUAAUAAGUUAAUGGUUAUCAGUAUCAAAGAGUUCGAAGUUCAAGUCAACAAGUCAUCUAGCUACGACGAAACGUAGGUACAGUUGACCCCACUGUCCCUUUUGUUUGAUUUAAAAAAAUAGCCAAUUUAUACGAGUAUCUAGCUACAAUUUAAAAAAUUUUGCAUAAGCAAAAAAUCAGCGAAAUUUUAUCUCUAAUUUAAGAGGGUACGUCGAAGACUAUAAAAGAGUUGUUUUGAUAACAAAUUAGUUUCAGUGUUUGAUUGAGAGUCAACAAGGACGCACAAAAUGGCAGCUCGCAUAGCUUUUGUCUUCUUCGCCGCUUUGGUGAUAUUUCAGGUGUUAAUGUGGGAAUCGAACGCCACUGUCAUCCGACGUGACGUCGCCGACGACUCAAAAACGGCUCAACAAACCAUCGAAGAUACUCUUCAAUCAUUCAAAUCUAGUCUUGACGAUUUGGUGAAAAAUAUUCAGAAUAACGAACUCGUCCAAAACGUCUCCGUGUCCUUGAAAACACUUGGCGAACAAAUCCAAACCCAGAGCCAACAACUAGUCGCCAAACUCCAAAAUACGACAAAAACCAAUUAGUUUUAGCACAUUUUGUAAUUACGUAAACGAUAAUAAAUGUUUUUAAUGAAA